AUGGCCGAGCGGUCCAAGGCGCUAGGUUUAGGUCCUAGUCUUCGUAUGAAGGCGGGGGUUCGAAUCCCCCUCUUGUCAUUUUUGCCAAUUGGUCCACACUCUGCCUGUUUCAGAUCGCACUCAAAUACACAAACGCGCCUCUCGGAAAUGCACCCCCACACUCACCACUUCGAAUGCACCCUCGCAGACACCUUCCACUUUUUCCUCUUUGCGCCUGAAGCGUCGCCGGACAUGCUCAACAAAGCCCUGGUCGCCCUCGAAAAGAAAACCCUCAGUCUUGCAAAAAUAGCACACGCCCGCAUAAAGGACACAGCUGUAAAAGUCUCCAUCAAAAUGAAAAAAGACACGCCCUUUGAAGAAGUCUUCCAGGCACUUGCUGAAAUAGCAACAGUCGCCCUCCGCAUAGACCUGCCCCCGUACGUCCUCAGCAGAAAGGACAGAUUUCUCCUGGACUUGGAUAAAAUAGCAGCAUGGAACACCGUGAAAGUCACCUGCCAGUUCACCCAAAACACGUUCACGGCCUUCGUCCUGGGGCCUGGAAAAGUCGCCCUGAAGGCGCGCGCGGAAAUCCUCAGGGCAGUCGACAGAUUCGCAGGCGGAAGCCCGGCCAGCACAAAUGUGCACACGCACGCCGAAAGCACAGUCGCUGCAGGGGGGCGGGUGUACUUUGAGAGCAAAAUACUCUCAACCGCAGCCCUCGUUUCAAGCCCCCCCAUAAACUACGUCAGCGUGUGCCAGACGCGCCCUCUGAAAAGACUUAGAAAAAAAUUAUACACCAGCAGAAUCGCGCUGGCCUACGCUUUUGCGUACAUGCAGAGCACCCUCGAGGACAUCCUUGCAAAGAACGAGGCGUACAUCGACGAGGUGGCCCACACAGAAGAAGGCUCUUCUCUAGAGAUUUCUGGAUUCUGCUGCAACAACCUAAACACAGCCUUUUCGGAAAUAGAGCUGCUUUUUGUUUCCAUUGUCUCCGUAAAAAUAGGAAAAAUCGACCCGUACAGCGCAGCAAACGUUUUUGUCUUUGAGGUUGAAAAUUUCUUGGUUGUUGUCGGUGAGAUCGCGGAGGUUAAGAAAAUACUCCGGGAAAUCGACGUGCCUUGCGAGGUUUCUGUGGCGAUAUCCCCGGUAAUUGAAGAGUUCAUAUGCGGCAAGAAAAACGGAAAACUCAAUAAAGUCUCCAGAGAGAGCGACUGCGCGCUGCACAUACGGAAAACAGGCGCGCUUUCUGUCGUCAUACAGGGAAGCUCGCACAACGCAGAGUUCUCGCUCUCCCUCAUCGAGGACGAGCUGCCCACAGAAUACGCCUUCUAUCUGCACGAAAAGCACCACAAGAGGAUAAUAGGGUAUGGCGGAAAGUCCAUCCAGAGGCUCAUGAAGAAAAACGGAGUCUACAUAAAGUUUGACAGUGGCGCGCCAGAGGCAGAAAAUAACGUGGUCAUUCGAACCCCAAAGAAAAACAAGCCCGCCCUCCACAGAAUGUACAAAGAUGUCAUGGAGCUGGCGGGCGAGGACCCGUUUCUGGCGCAGGGGUCGUGGCACGCGCUCUCGUUCUGCGACUUCUACGCGCUUGGCUUUGAAAAGUUCAGGUUUCGGCUGGAUGGCGUGGACGUUUUUAUGCGGGAGCCUGUGGACGUGCAGUACUACCUAGUAGACGAGGAGGCCCCAAACGGAAGCCUAAAAUCGUUGUGUAAAAUUGGAAACAAAGCCGUUGUGGCUUCGCUCAGUGAGGUGCCGAACGCAGAAAAAAUCACAAUAUCCACGUGGAAAAACACGCACUCGCUUUCCUCGUAUUUUCCGUGGAAGUACGAAGAGCCGCUGUUUUCAGACAAGGUUCUGUGGAGCCGGGAGUGGAGGGGGUUCUCUGAGUCUUGGAACAGCACGCCUUGGAGAAACAACGGGUUCACAAAAUAG